AUUUGGAAAUUUAAAAUCAAUUUUAAACAAUACUUGUUCUAAUUAUUGUAAGACCCAAAAAAGUAAUUUUAGGAUUUAAAGAUUCUGGAUACAGACUAUAAAUUCAUUAUUAGAAAUAGACAAAUCAGUUAUAAAUAAUCGUAUUAUUUAUGAUGAUUGUUUAAGAACUUAAUUGCGUCUUAAUAAAACAAUACAAUGGAAACACAUCCACUAAACAAGGCGCAUCAGCAGCAUAGACGAGCCGAGGCACAUUUAAAAAAUAAUAAAUAUGAUGAUGCCAUGCAAUGCCAUCAUAAUGCAGCAGAAUUACUCUUAGAUGCAAUGAAAUCUACUUCAUCUUCAGUAGCUCUCGAGUCAAUUACUUUGCAGCAUAGUUAUCAUCUAAAACAAAAAGACCUUAUACAGAGUAAGAAAGAACAAUAUAUACGAGUUAAAAAGGCUAUGGAUAUCUUUAAAAACAUGAGCAAGGAUUCACAAGUAAAUGUUCCUGGCGAACCAUCAAAAGUCCAAGUUGCAAUUUAUAAAAACCUUAAUGAUUCAGAAACUCUUCUUUAUGAGUUAUCAUCUAAUCAAGAUGCAGGUGAGAUUAAAGAUUUAGCUAAAUUGAAUGAAGGAAAGGCAGAAAAAUCUCAAAAAAUUGUAAUUGAAGAAUUACAGACCUUGAAUCAUAGCUUGCACUCAUUGGUUGAACAAUUAGUUCUACAAGUUGAAGUUUUAAAAGAUGAGAAUAUGACUUUGAAAGAAAGAGUGAACUUUCUAGAAAAGGAGAGAGUAAGGUAUCUAAAUAUUUCACAAGAUGAGAUUACAUUGAGUGAUGAACCUACCCGAGAUAAUUAGAUUCAAUUGUUAUAUUACUAUAAUAAUAUUAUUUGUUAUUACUUUGUAUAAAUGCUACUUUGUUCGUACAUUCAUGCUUGGCUUUGACCUGUUUUAUAUAAAAAGAUGGCAUGGUUGCACUCUGUACAAAAAUUGCUAUUGUUAAUACAUAGUAAGAUGUGUUAUUUUUUUGUUAAAUUAGUUAAACACUUCAUUUCAGAUAGUAUGGGGUACUAUAUUCUUUUUUUUUACAUUCUUGUAAAUAAAAGUCAUCUUUAAGCUUAUUUUUUGUAUUACACAUUGGUUUUACAUAAAAAUAAUAUUCUUAACUUGAAAUGUAAAAAUAAUUUCUUGAACUAAGUCUAUAUUUAUCCUAAAACAUGUACACUUUAACAAAUAACUAGAAAUAUGUAGGUAUGUUAACAAGUUUUUUGGUAACAAAAAAUAUACACCAGUAUACCAUUAAACAUUGUAAAUUGUAAUAGUUAAUUUCGAGUUAUAUUCAGAUCUUUAAAAACAUUUGAGGUACAACUUAAUAUUUCAAAUUUUGUGAGUUAUCUCCUUGGUUAAAAUAUAGUAAUUGAAGGUAAUUUCACAUGAAGUUACUUUUUGACAUGAGUUUAAUUAACAUAACCUAAUGUUAUAAAUGACCUAGACCUAGCAAAUAGUCAUAUUCAGAACUAUUACUGCCACUGCUUAUGCACUGGUUUACCUGAAGUAAAGA